AUACGGUGUAUGGGAUAGGAAAACUUUCUUCGCUCCCACACUGCUUUGGACUGCUUUGCUCCAAAACUUAGUCCUUUCAACAGUUUGUCGUUGGGCGUUUUUGAGGAGAAAUCAGUGCUUCGUAUAAAAGAUGACUCGUUCUUUUCGUCGAGAAGAACAGGCUGCCUUUGCUCGCGAAGCUUCAGUCGAGCCAAGCGCUGUGAGGUUAUUCACAAGAGAAUUCUUGUCAUAUGAUGAACCAAGAUCUGAGGGAUAUGAUGAAUACUUCGAUCCGCCACUUGAAAGUAAAUACGAAUGUCCAAUUUGUCUUCUUGGCCUGAGGGAACCAGUGCAAACGAGCUGCGGACACAGAUUCUGCAGAGGCUGUAUUCUGCGUUCUAUAAGGUAAGCGUGGUGCUUAUAGAACGGGGGAUGACAACUCUUUAGCUGGCAAAACGUCCCAGAAAAUGUUUUACUUCCAUGAAUUUAGAGAUUUGUUGCUACGUGUCAAUUACUUAACUUGUUAAUUACCGGUAUGUUUAUCUAAUUUUUUCGUUGAGGUGUAAAUGUCGUGUAUAAACUGUUAUCAAUGGAUUUUUGUCAGUAUCAUGUUUAAUAACACAGACAGACUGUUUAAUCUUAAGAGUAUGGUGAAGAGGGCAUUGGGGUUUACCGUAUUGCUGUAUUUUUAAUGGGCUGUGGUGUAGUCAUGAGACAAGGAGAUACUCACGCUUUCAUUGCUUUCUACAUAAUGUCCUUUAUUAACUGAACCACUAUCUUUAUAGUACAAAUCAUAAUCUACUUUCACUUAGUAUCAGUACUUUUACAUUCGUGCUGUAUUACUUUAAUAUCACUUAGUGCAUGUAGUUUCACUGAUGCUGGUAAUAGUACAUAAUCAUUACUAUGGUAAUCAAUACACUACAUCCUUCCUGGGCGGGUUCUAAGAAUAUUCGAAAGAUACAUUCAACCAAUCACAAGAUCAUAUAAAUCAGCAAAAAUUAAUGUCAAUAAUAUACAAAAGUGUCACAGUCCUUAGUUAACUUUACAACUCGUCCUGACCUAGUGGUGAUGACCUGUUCAUUGUGAGAGGCUUGCUUGUCAACAUGACCAGAAGGUUCAGUGUCGUCACAAGCAUCAGAAACCUUAGCACUAGAGUCACUAGAAUUGCUGGACUCCUUAUAGUUGGUAGAAAUUUCUACUUUGCCAUCAUCAUCUAUGCUCACACUAGGCGCAUGCUUCAAGUAACCAAGGUGGUACCCGUGUCCACGUUGACUAGACUGAACGUGUCCCGCGCUUUGGUCUCAAUGAUAAUGUGCUUAGCCAGAGAGAAUUUCGAGCCCAAUUUGUUGGGCUUCAUAUUAGCACAAAACACGACAUUGCCAACGCUAAGAUUAUGUGGAGAUGCAUGUUGCUUGUUGACACAUGAUAGUCUUUCAAUUUCGCUUGAUACAAGCUACAUUUUGAUUGAUGGUCACGAUCAAGUGCCGAUGCUGCUGUAUUUGAGUUAGACUCAAUGUGCAGUACCUUCGUACGAAUUUCGUGAUUCAACAACAGCAUACGAGGCGAUUUUCCACUAAUUUGAUGUGGACUUGUGCGAUAAGUCAUAAGAAUUUUCGGUAGUUCCUUUUUCCAGGACUUGCCUUCAGAGAUCACCGCUCGAAAAUUUUUUUUCAGUAUCGGUGAAAUCUCUCCAACUUUCCGUUACUUCAUGCAUAGUAUGGAGAAACACGAAUAUGCCUUAUUCCACACCAUUUGAGAAAUGCUUCGAAUUCUUCGCUGAUGAACUGUUUUCCGUUGUCUGAAACGAGUUCCUCUGGAAACCCAAAUCUAGCGAAAAUAUCAGUUAGGGCCUUAAUGACUUCACGUGAAGUGAUUUCUUUUAGGAUGUACGCUUCCGGAUAAGACGAAUAAUAAUCAGUGUAGGUCAAUAUGAACUUUCCGUCGGCUGGACCAACGAGAUCCACUGCGCCUUUUACUCAAGGACCACGAGGUAGAGGCGUUGGCUGAAGCGGCGUGUAUUUAUUUAAGGGUUCAUUCACCACGCAUGCUUGACAAUUUUUGAUCAUUUCCUCUGUUGGAUCGUCCAUUCCGAGCCAGAAAAAACGAGUUCUAAGAAACUGUUUGGUCUUAACAAUUCCCUGAUGCAUCUCGUGCGCUAGUGAUAGAAUUUGUUUUCGUAGAGACUGUGGAACAACAAUUCGAUUCCCUCUAAGAAUUACUCCUUCAAAAAUAGACAAUUCGUCCUUUAUGCGGCUAUACGGUUCAAGAUCAGUAUCGCGUGACCAUUUUCCGUUUUUAAUUUGGGCAAGUAAUUUAGACAGCAUGACGUCUUUGCUGGUUUCGCAUCUCAUGUCAGAAAGAGUGACGGCUUGGAGAUCUGACAUAUUUGACAUGUAAACAAAUCGUACAUAAUUUUCGCAAACGAAACCGGUAUCUGAACAAUCAUUUUGCUUGUGAUCCCCGAGAAGCAUGCAUGUGGUCGAUCUGGAUCGGGUUGUCUCGCGCUUCUUGCGCGGCCGUUUCUGCAUUCCGCGCAAUUCUCAUGGUUUUUGCCAGGUCAAGGUCUUCUUGCUGGAGCAGUUUCCCCUUUAAGGUUUGGGAAGAGCACUUCUCCACAAUUUGGUCCCGUAUAAUCUCCUCUUCCAAAGUGCCAAAGUCGCAGGAUUGACCAAUUUACCUUCUGAGUGUCAAAUUUCAGUUGUAGUUUUAUGUGACUUUUGACGACCCUUGCUGUAAACAAACCCCAAAAGUUCGGGCAUCCAUUCUCUGCCACAUACUGUACGUGUACGAACUAUGAGUGACUAAUCCAAGGUCGUGUUAAUUUAUAAAUGUUAUUUCCCUUUCGCUGUUUGGAACUUGAAACAUUUAAGGUUAAAAAAUGUGUAAGAAGAAGAAUAAGAUUGAUGUUAAGGUCAAGGGCAUGGCAGAACUGCAGGAACAAGGAGUUUCCUGCCUCAACAACUCGAAUUUCGAAAGAGGAAAAAACCGUGAUGUAGGCAAAUAUCAUAAUACAUACAUAAUUCACAUUUCAAAAUUCAUGAUCACACACUAUUAAUUUCCGGUUCAUUUUCGCUAUAAACAGGGCUUCUGAUAUUUCGUGCAGUCACGGAGCGGUGAAAUUCAGGUAGAUUGUAAAUCCGCGAAAUUCACAAAAACAUGCAAAAUACCGCGAAAUUCGGUAGAAAUCUUGUCAAAUACAUGUCUGUACAGCAAUUUUGAAACUUGUCUAAGCUACUGGGGGUAUUUACUUGCUGUAAACUUGCAAAUUUAUGUCAAAACUUGGUCACUGAAACGUGCAAACAACGUUCCGAAACUACCAGGCAUAGAUUAUGUUGCAAAAAACUGGGCACUAGCCAUGAUGUUAAAGGCUUCGCCAUUGGUUCAUUUCUGGAGCAUAUUGUUGUUGAAAGAGCAAUGAUGACCUCUGUUAAAAAUACAUUAAAAAUGUUGGUCUGAUUAGCACAAAAGCGAUCGAUUUCUAGUGAAAUUUGCCCUGAACAACCACAAAAUCGGCUGUUUUUUACCGAUUGCUUUCCAGCCAAGUUUGCCCCGAAAAUUCCCGUGAAAUCAGCCGAUUUCUCCGCGAUUUUGUCUCUAAAAAUCCCACAAAAUUUGACUUGUUUUCGCGACCUAUCAGAAGCCCUGUAUAAAGACCGUUGCCCAUUGGUUGUUUGACAUAAUAUUCUCAGUUGUAUAUUACGGCAAACAGGGACUCGCCACUUUUGAUGCAGGUUAUGUUGAUUAUUUACUAACUACUAAGUUGAAUCAAGAGGCUGUUUACAUAUCUGUUGCAAAAACGGGAACAGGCUUCUGUGAACGUGUACCAAGGUUGUAUAUAAUUGUGUAUCUCUCUAGACAAACAGAGGCAGUGUACUUAGGUAAGAUAAGCAUAAGCCUACUUAUACUUAAGCGUAUAAAAGGCGGUCGAGACAAAAAUGUAAGCACACUGAAGUAUCAUGAAUCAUAAGUGUGUCUGCAUCAUUAGUUUCAUUUUUUCCAAGUUUAGAUCGACUGGGGAAAACCUUUCUUUCAACUGCAGAGCAGAUUUCCACGCGCUUGUCGCCAGAAACUCCAUGUUGCUAUGAAUAAGUUUUCUGUUUUAGCAUACUCAAGGCGGUUAAAGUCACUUCUGAUCUUCUGCUUUGACAUUUUGAACCUUAAACUAUUUGAUUUUCAAACCAUGAAAGGGAAGGAAAAUAUAUAAGUUAAUGUGAACUUGAAAUAGCGACUCGUAGUUUGUACAAGUACAGUAUGUGGCAGAGAAUGGAUGUCCGAACUUUCAGGGUUUGUUUACGACAAAGGUCAUCAAAAGUCGGGCAUUCCUAGGCAUUUUUUGUUUGUAAGCCGUGGUGGAGUAUAUUGAGGGGAGAUACAAUAUUGUGACAUGCUAAGGGGGUCCAGGGACUUGGCCUCCUUGAAAAUUCUGAAAAUUCAAGUACUCUGAGACGUAAUCUGGUGCAAUCUGGAUGCUCCAAUUAAUUGGCAAAUGCCAGGAAUCCAUAUUGAACAAGAAAUGAUGGAAUGUUUAACAAAAUGCAGCCAGUUGUGGUUGUGGUCAACAACAGCAACAACGCAACAACCUGACUAGUAACACAUUAAUUUCAAACAUAAUUGUGGUGGAACUCAAAGAAAUUCGAAAGCUAGACGUCUGUUCUUUUUAGUGCAAAAUUCGCGAAUCAUGGCUUCUACAUCAGUGGGUAUGUUUCUGUAAGCAUGCAUCAGGGCAAGUGCUGCGAGUUGCUUUGCUUUCAUUGUGGAACAUAAGUAUGUCUUCACUCUGUGCAUUGUGCUAAAAGAUCAUUUGGGGGUAGCAGUUGACACUGGCAUUGUUAGGAGGAUGGUAAUAAUUGUGACCACAUUGGGAUAAAGGUCUGGAUUAGCGUGCUGGAGUGUACUGUCUCUGUGACUGUCACUGGUUUUUCAUCAGUUGAAUGAGACCACUUUGUUUGCCACUUUAAAAUUUUAUUGUCAAAUUCUCUCUUCUCUGAAAGAUUGGUUUUGUAGGUUUCAUGAAGCUUAUUUUGUACUCCAUUGUUGAAAGCAUUCAGCUUUGCUGGAACAAGAUAUUGUCCUAAGAAAAUGAUUCUCUUGUGACAGAAGCUUGUCAUUUAGUUCUUGUACUAGGUGAUCGACCAAAGGAAAAUACAUGGUUCUUUGCCAGUACCUCUCUGGCUUUUCUGCAGGGAUGUUCACUCUGUGUUGCUUACGUCCUGCUGAACAUUCAAAGUAUCGUUGGUUCAAUGUCAACAUCGGCUGCUAGCUGUUUUCCUCGCUCAGACAGCUCUUUCCAAACUGAUGGAUCAUUUCUCUCUGUGUUCAUGACAUUUAUCACCACACUUGCUUCUUUCACUGCUUCAUUAAGAUCUACAUUCUUUCCUUGAAGCAUCUUUGAUGAAGAGACUGUGUUAGAAAGUUCAUGUUCAGUAGCACAAAGGGCAAACAGCCGAGCUUUGCAAAUCGUUUUAAUACUUUUUAAAAGAUAUGUAUAUAUAGAUCACACCGUCCGAAUCACUUGUAAGUCUAUGCUUAUUUGCUAAAGGCAGGUAGGCCCCUGAGAGUCACGUGAAUUUACAUGUGAAAUUUGGCACCCAGAAGGUGAAUUGUUGGCUGGUUAAGAAGAGAAAUCGAGCAAUAACAUUUUUCCAAUUCAUAUCAAAUAUUUCUAACACUUCACGAUUGGAGUGACCAUCUAUUGCACUUCAUUGAAAAAUUAUGAGGAAAAUACAAUUUUAAAUGCCCAAAUUUAAUCUUGAAUUAAAUUUUAAACAUCACGUACAUUCAUUCCAAACAUAGAAAGUUAGGUGUGUUUAUCCUCUUUCAGGAAUGCCAAUUUGUUUAUCCAAGCAAAGUAAUUUCGCCACCAAUUUGCCAGUUUCCAGCAUUUUCAAUUUUUGGUCACAUGACCAUAAUUAAACGUUAAGGCACAAGAAAACCUCAAGAUUUCCUUUUGGGGAAAAAUUAAUUGCGAGAGAUAUUGCCAAUCAUUCAUAUGCUCCGAAUACACUGUUGACUCACUGGCAUUAGAGCUUUUGAGAUUAAUUUUAGUGACUGGGCUUUUCAAUCAUUGUACCCAUAAAUUAAAGGUUUUUUCAUGUUUUCUUGCAAUGGCUGAGAUUGAUUUCUGUUGCAUACAUGCUUGAGAUAAACAAACACACGAGAUGGAUACUACUUUAAUUUAUCCUGUGAAAACAUCCGUUUCUCCUCGCUCUUCAUCGCUGGGAACUAAAUUCGCAUGGAGGGACGUCUGCGACUCAGCAACAGAGAUUCCAUACUGAUGAUGUAAAAUCUGUCCGGAAUCCGGUCAGAAGUGCUGAUUGGUCGACGGAGCAGUUACAUUGUUUUAGCUGUUGUUUACGAAUGACAGACAAAAGACAAAAGGCCACAAAGGUCAAAUGUACAUGUAAACAAGAAGAAUCUCUAACAAAACAGUCAAUAUUUGUGGAAUAUAGUCUUUUAAGAAGCAGUUGAGUUUUGCUGGAGCUCGUGGGCAGAUCAACAUGACAGUUUACCAAAAUCGACCAGAAGACACGCAAAAUUGGGCAAAUUUAUAUUUGGAACGCCAUGACUACUGGAUUUGUUAUGUAAGCAUUGAUUUGUGUCAUCAGUAUGGAAUUUCUGUUGCUGAGUCACAGACGUUCCUCCAUGCGAAACGUCCCCAACGACGAAGAGCGAGGAGAAACGGAUGUUUUCGCAGGCUAACUUUAAUUAAGCUUAACCAAUCAUAAAUGUGGUAUUGGUAUUUCAUCGAUUUUCCACACGGCACUUCGGUAUUUGCCAGUUUUUCAGAUGGUAUUGCAGUAUUGGGUACCCUCCAAUGUCCCUGUCAGUAUGUAAAAGUGUGAUAUUUUUAUCACCAACGAAUCACUUGAGCGCCACAGGUGUGAGCCACUAGGGGGUCUGGGGCAUGCUCUCCCAGAAAAUUUUAAAAUCUUGAUGCUCUGAAAUGCCAUUUCUAGUGUUCUGAGGGGACAAAUUUUGUCUAAAAUGUUUGCUCAAUCAACUGUUAUUUUUAUGCUUGUUUUUAUUUGUGUGGCUUCGCGUUCAAGUACUCUAUUUUAUUUGGUCAACCAGUUUAUCCUGACAUGUCCACAGUUAUCCAGGGUUGCUCUCAUUGGGUACACUUGUUUGUUUGUAUGUGACGCCUGAAAAAUGUCAUUUCUAAGGCCAUCAAGGAAUGAUACAUAAAUUGGACCUGGAAUGGGGCAUUUACCAAUUUUGCACGGUACGGGGUUUGGGCAUUUGCCAACCCUGGGACCACCUACGAGCCUUUGGCCCGCACGUGGUUUCCUAUCCAACAUAACUAGUAAACAUGGACGAUUUUACUUCAAACACAAGCAGAUUGGCAGAUUGGCUCAUCUGUCAAAGACAUGAAAAAUUGUAGAGGUCUUUAAAGGGCUGUUCUCUCAAUUUUAUGCAUUCAUUUUUUCAUUGCUUAUCAAGCCAGAACUUACAUACAGCUGUGGCAAAAUUGGGAGCUUUGGAAACGAAUCAAUGUAUUUUUUUUGUUAUUGAAUUGGAUUUCUGUUGAUCUGGAAUUCUAGUUGAAUAAAAUUUAGUGUUGAUGAUUCUAAUAGUAGUGUGAUACAUAUCUAUUAUUAUUUGAAGAACUUCUUUCAUAUUAUUUAAGUAUUCAGAACAGAUAACUUUACAGCACACUGUUGAUUUUAAUGUCAAUUUUUACUAACAAACUAUUUAAAACAAGAUAAAGAACUACAAGAUAAGAAUCACGAAGUGGUGUCGUUACCCGUAAAGUCUUAAUUUUUUAAAUUAGAAUAGUGCUAUAACAAACGGUUGACCUCAACUGAAACAAAAAAUCACUUUAAAUAAAAAAAAUUAAUGCUUAAAAUGGCACCACUCGAGCGUGCAAACAGUGACAACUGCUGCAGUGUUUACCCUGCUCACCCUUUUUCGUCCCCACUGGUGGGCAUUUGGCAGCUCAAAUGUCCCUGUAUGCCCCCAAGAAUUUGCCAUCCAAGGAAAAAAAAAAGUGCUUAUGCCUGGGGAGGGGGGGAUUGGUUGCAGCUGGAAUUGACUGAUGCAUCAAUGUUGCUUCCAUUAAGCCACGACACUUAAGCUUCAAAUUAAUGUUAUUAAAACCCCUAAAAAGCUGUCAUUUCCUUCCACUUUUUAGAGAUGAUGGUCCCAAGUGCCCUGUGGAUAAUGAACGUUUAAAUGAGUCACAGGUAAUUAUUUACAACAGCAAGCUUUUAAACAUAACAUAUUAAAGAGCUUUGCCAUAAUAUAGGGACAUGUUUGAAAACAUGUUGAAUGAACAUGCCCAAGUUUACCUUACCUAAGAGCUACAGUGUAUUUGGGGCGUUUUUGUACAGAGGGUAGCUGGCAUUGACCAAAAGUGAACCUAGAAGAAACUGCACUUACUGGGUCCUGGAUUGUUACAUGUUUCAUCAAUCUGGCAUGAAAAAAUAAAUAAAUUCUGGUAAUCAGCACCAUUUUCUUGUUAUUGAUAUGUGGUUUUACAUUUUUUGUGACUUUCUGAUCAACUUACUGAUCAACUUACUGAUCAACAUUUUUUUUAUGUCAAAAAUACAUGACAAUGAUUUUUGACUGCGAGUAAGAUUUUUCUUUUUAAAUUAAGCUUACUUGAAGAGUUUUUUUGAAUUAUUGCAGUAAAAUAAAAAUAAUGUUUUUCCCCACACUGCAAAUAAUAAUCUUCUGUAAUUCACUAUUUUCACUAAGACCAUAAUACACCUUUUUCAACCCACCCACCCAUCCCUCCCCCUUAAAAAAAAUGAAAGAAAAAUGUUGCAUAACCACUGAUUUCAAUUUCUCUUGGGACAAGUCUACUACCCAAAAGAAAUCGGAAACAAUGGUUAUGCAAAAUUUUGGGGAGUAAACAAGAUGCCUUAUGGCCUUGGUGAAUAUGGUGAAUUGAUUUUAUUUAAAAUAGAUUAUUUCCCCCCCAAAUACCUUCCUUUUUGUUCUUAACGAAUGUAUAUGUAAUGCUAUGUUCUAAAUGAAUGUAUGUAAUUAAAAUUAUUUACUUCCAAAUUUUAGCUUUAUCCAGAUAACUUUGCCAAGAGGGAAAUGCUGUCUCAUGAUGUUUUUUGCCGACUAAAGAAACAACAUGGUUGCCCUUGGAAAGGACCCCUGCACAAGUUAGAGGUACUGUAGUUAUACAUGUGCUAAGUACAAAAUGUGUGGUUCCAGGAAAUAUCCAUACCCCCACCACAGAGGAAAUUUCACUCCCCCGGACCUCCCUGGUUUUUCCAUUUUUAUAGGAAACUGAUAAGGCCCCCAAUCCGAAACUUUGUCAAGUGUGGCAGACUGUAGAUUGACUGAAACCAAAAAUAUUGUGACAAAGGUGAUGUCAUCAACAACAUUACCUCAUUCCCCAUCUUCUAACAAAGUGAAAAAAAAGCCUAGAAGCAAGGUUGAUAUUUCCGUGCAAACUACAUCGGCAUCAUUCCCAAAGAAGCUGUCUGUUGGCUGUUCUUCUCAUGUUGAAAGAGCAGAAUAAUAUCUGCUGAUGUCACGAACACACUUAUGUAACAGCAAUUAGCCUGCAACACAAAUGAAACAAAACUCUGGUUAAGUCCGUCUACAGAACAGUACCAAACUCCUUGUUCUGGGCCCCUACUUGUGUUGCAGGAUUUGAGCACGUGCCAUUGCUGGCCUGUUAAAAAGCCAUUAUCAGUUUGGUUGUUAGGACUGCAGGAAAUUCAAAACUCAUUUCCAUUAAUUUGUUGUGUUCGUGAGGGCCCAGCACCACCCUCCCCCCUAUCUGUUUGUGUUAGAUUAUUUGACAGACUGGUCAGCUGUUAAUGUCCAGUUGUUCAAUUUCCAUGCUGCUAGAGCCUCGGUGUGUGGCUGUGACACUGUCCACGACUCGAGCGAGUCUCGUGAGCUGCAUUGUCCAACAUCAUCUGCUGAUCUUGGAACCGUGGCCAGUGUGUUACCCCUUUCGCCUCUUGCUGUUUUGCACAGAAGUGCUCGAGCUUCUUUGGCCAACACCGUGUUGGAGAUUAUCCUGGGGACUUGUCAAGUAAGCUGAGCACUGAGU